AACUGUCAAGUAGGUGCAUAAUACUGUGUUAUUACUUUUGCACUUGUUUUCUAGGAAGAAUGAAGGUUUUACUGAAAUUAUCUUUUGUUUAUGUAAUAUUUUCACUUCUCUAUCCCAUUAAUGGUGAAAAUUCCAUACUUGACAUUAUUAACCGGCCAUAUGAUUGUUAUUUGCAAGCGGAUAUUGGAUUGUGUCGUGGGUAUAUUAUCCGAUAUUACUUUGAUGUCAAGACCAAAUCGUGUAGGGAAUUUGGUUAUGGCGGGUGCGGAGGGAAUGGCAAUCGUUUCCGGACUAUGUCAGCGUGUAUGGACAUUUGCAAGGGAGUGGAAUUUCAUUCCGAGGAGAAAUAAUGAAAUAAUAUAAAAAUUAUUUAUUGACAAAACAUUUUACAUUUUAUGAUAUUGGUCUCUGACUCAAUAAAGGAUAACAAAUCGCAAAUAA